GAAUGGCAAAGUUGUAAUAAGAGUGACCAUACUUUAACUCACGAAACAAGACAAAUUUGCAUACUUUAGAGCUAUAAAAUCAUAAUAAAAGAUUGUCAUUUAUUGGAAAUCGCCAGGAAUAGAACGAAACAUAAAGAAAGUGUAAAAAAAUGGAUCCAUUUAAUGAAGUUAAGGAAGAUGCAUGGAGUACAGUGGGUACUUUAGAAAACAUACUAUCCACCAAAAUUAUAACUCCAGAUACAAUUCUUGAUUUUAAUAAUAAUUAUCAAGAGUUAUUAGAAAUUUUCGAAGAUUUGAAGCAAGCUCAUAAAAUUGGUGAACAACAGCCAGAUAAAUUCCAUUUAUCAAAUCAAGACAUUGACAAUAGAAAAUUAAUCUUAAAGGAAUUAGAUGGUAAAAUUAAAGACAUUCAAAUACAAUGGAAUCAUAUACAGAACAAUUCAUUUGAUUCAAGGUCAUCAACGCCGUUAAUGAAUCGAAAACCAAGAGAUGUAACGACAAUGUCAAAUAGAAUAAGUCAAGAUGGUGAUAGUAGUAAUCCUGAAAAUCCAUUUAAUGAUUCAAUUUCAAACUUGGAUAAUGGAUUAAAUCAAUUUCAACAACAACAGUUGAUAGAUGAACAAGAUUUACAAUUGGAUAGUAUUCACGAUACUAUGAGGAAUUUAAAUCAACAAGCAAUGAUGAUGGGUAACGAAUUAGAAGAACAAGGCAUAAUGUUGGAUGAAUUAGAUCAUGAAAUUGAUAAUGUAUCGAGUAAAGUUCAAAGGGGAUUAAAAAGAAUCAAUCAUGUAUUGGAGAAAAAUCGUGAAACAGCAAGUAAUUGGUGUAUUGGAAUACUAACAGUUGCAUUGUGUGUUUUAUUAAUUUUAGUCAUUGCCUUAUAAAUGUAAAAAUAAAGGGCUCACAUAAGUAAUACAUA